AUGGCGACCCCGGACAUCGAGCAGAUGAACAAGCUCCGCAAGAGUCUGGGUUUACCGUUGCUGAACGUAAGUGGACAACCUCCACCAACCUCUGAAGGACCAACAUUCAAAGACCAUUCUGCAAGCGACGACAGCGAUCAAGAACCCGCGUCGACCUUGGACACCCGCGAGGCCGCGGGGUAUGAGAACUACCAAAAGUUGCGGGAAGAAGAGAGAAGACGCGUCGAGCGGGAAAGACGUAAACAACAAAUUCAAAAGGCCCGAGAUGCCGCCGCCAGAAAUUCGAAGCUCGAAGGGAAAGGAUUAGGAGACGUUGAUGAUGGAGCUGAUCUGGACGCGAAGACCUGGUUGAAAACCCAGAAGAAGAGACAAGCACAGAUUGAGCGGGAACGGGCAGAACGCCUGGCUCGAGAGCUGGCAGAGCGGGAAAGAGAAGCCGGGCUGGAAUAUUCUGCCAAGGACCUCGCUGGUGUACAGGUUGCACAUGAGAUUGGCGAGUUCGAGGAUGGUGAUUCGGAACAAAUUCUGACACUGAAGGAUACCGAAAUUGCCGCCGGUGAUCAGAGCGACCAGGAGGACAUUCUGGAGAGUGCCGACCUUAUCGCCAAGGAAAAGCUCAAGGAAAAGCUCGUUCUGAAGAAGAAAAAGACAGCCUAUGACGUCAAUGAUGAUUCGGAGCAAGGCGUUUUGUCGCAGUAUGACGAGAAAAAGCGGAAGGCCUUUGCUCUGGACGGGCAGGGCGUGCUGCAGGACCGGGAUGCUAAGCGGCAGCAUAUUGGUGACGUCCUGAGGAAUACAGUCAGUCUCGACAUCUUGAAACCAGAACCGGUUUCAGACUAUAUGGAGAUCAAGAUGAAAAAAUCGAAGAAGUCGAAGAAGACGUCCAAGAGGCAGAGGAUUGCUGGUAUCGACGACGAUGAUAUUUUCCCUGCACAGAAUGACACUAACAACGGUGAUGCUAUGGAGCUUGAUUCGGACAGGCCGGCUCCUGCCAGAACUCGAAAUACUGAAGACCAUCUCAACGACGACGAUGAUUUGGCCAAUGCGCUUGCCAGAAACCGUGUAGCCGUUUUGAAAAAGCAGAAGCGGAAGCCGGAAGACAUCAUCAAGCAGCUCAAAGAGGAGGAGGAGAGAGACCAUGCCGAAGCUCAGGAAGAGGCGAAUGCGGGUCUGGUGCUUGAUGAUACCACCCUGUUUCUGGACAAUCUGUCCUCACGGCCGAGAGAGGAGGAAGUCGAACGGAGGAUCAAGAAGUCUGUUGAGCAGCCCGAUGGCCACAACCCAACCGAAGGCGAACACGAGGGAGAAGAUCAUCCUAUGGGUGAAGCAUACAGCGGGAUUGAGAACGAAGAGGAGCUCCUCGAUAGACUUAAGCGCGCACGAUCUACGCUCAGUCCGGACGUCCCACACACUGGACUCGAAGAGGAGAAGACGCUCGACCAAGGUGUGGGUGCAGCACUCAGCCUCCUUCGACAACGAGGAAUCCUCAAGGAUGGUGAUCCAACCGACAAAACGGAGCUGUACAAGGCUCGACAGACGUUCAUUAUCGAGCAGAGGUUGCAAGAGGCUGAGAAUGAGAGACUAGCGCGGAUGCAGCGUGAGCGUGAUAGGCAGUCGGGAAAACUGACGGGCAUGUCGAUGAAGGAGCGAGAGGAGCACGCUCGGUGGCAAAACACUCAACGUGAGCAUCACAGUUCGAUCCAAGCUGCUGCGGCCUUCAAUCGCGAGUACAAGCCCGACGUCCAGAUCAAAUACGUCGACGACGACGGCAGGAUGAUGAACCAGAAAGAGGCCUUCAAGCAUCUCAGUCACCAGUUCCAUGGUAAAGGAAGUGGCAAGUUGAAGACGGAGAAACAUCUCAAGAAGAUCGCGGAGGAGAAGAAGAGAGAGGCCGCCAGUAUACUGGAUAGUAGCCAGUUGACAGGCAUGAGCAGCGCCCAAGGGACUAUGGGCAAAAGGAACAAGCAGGCUGGAGUGCGAUUGGCUUGA